AAAGAAAUGGACCCGAUCCCUCGCCCCCCGUCUCCGCUCCCCCCAAAUCGUCCCCCGGAUUUGACCCCUUUCUCCGCCGAUUCGUGACAGCCCCCCCACCCCUCGGUUUCCGCUCGGGCCCCAGCGAGCUGGUCGAGGGAUGGGGUACCUCAGCACCGUCAUCGGCCACCCCACCGACGGAUCGCCCGUCAGCGGCGGCGGCCUCAGCCAGAAUAGUAAGUUUAGCUAUGGUUAUGCGAGCUCCCUGGGUAAAAGGGCUUCCAUGGAAGACUUUUAUGAGACAAGAAUUGAAAGUGUCGAUGGGCAGCUUAUUGGUUUAUUUGGAGUUUUUGAUGGUCAUGGUGGUGCUAAAGUAGCAGAGUAUGUGAAACACAACCUCUUCAGUCAUCUUCUUAGGCAUCCAAAGUUCAUGAGUGACACAAAAGUGGCUAUAGAUGAUUCUUAUAAAAGUACCGACAGUGAGUUCUUGGAAUCUGACAGUACUCAAAACCAGUGUGGGUCAACCGCAUCAACUGCUGUACUUGUUGGUGAUCGUCUCUUUGUCGCAAAUGUUGGAGACUCGAGGGCUAUCAUAUGCAGGGCAGGAAAUGCUGUGCCUGUUUCGAAAGAUCACAAGCCUGAUCAGACAGAUGAGCGGCAACGUAUUGAAGAAGCUGGAGGUUUUGUUAUGUGGGCAGGAACAUGGCGCGUUGGUGGUGUACUUGCUGUUUCUCGUGCUUUUGGUGACAAGCUCUUAAAGCAAUAUGUAGUUGUGGAUCCAGAGAUCCGGGAGGAAAUCGUUGAUGAGUCCCUGGAGUUUCUCAUCCUUGCAAGCGAUGGACUUUGGGAUGUGGUCUCUAACGAGGAGGCUGUCGACAUGACCCGGUCGAUACAAGACCCAGAGGAAGCUGCGAAGAGGCUCUUGCAGGAGGCCUACAAGCGGGAGAGCAGCGACAACAUAACCUGCGUCGUUGUGCGCUUCUUCCAUGGUCAAGGGAGUAGCGGGCCUGCUUAAAGCAGGUGCGAAGAGUUACUCACAAGUGGCCGUUGUACUGUGAUGACAUACGUACAUGCCUUGAUUGAUUCUCCCAGGUUUAAACGGACAGAAACUGGAAGUAGGAUACGUGUACUCUGAUGUGAGAACAAAAGUUUAGGAACCAGUGUGCCUUAGGGCUUAGGUUUAACAAUAAAUUUGCUGGUGAUGAUCGUGGUUUCGUAGUGGAUGGUGUUGGAUCUGACGACUGUGUUGUAUCUUGUUGCGGAUUGCCAAACCAUGUGUGAGUGUGAUGUAGUAAUAUCCAUAACUCUCCAGGUAAAGUGACUAUUGUUGUAAUGAAACUGAGGAAUGACAAGUAUAAUUGAGUUGCUGGAUAGAUCUUAA